AGGAGAGAGAGGGGAGAGAGGAGACAGAGACAGAGAGAGAAAUAUCCCUGAACUACUUAGUCUUAUUCUUGAACAUCCUGUACUCGCUCUUCCAGCUCUUCUCCGAUGUGCAGAGAAGUUUUUCGUGGGCUUGUCGUGGGAUAGGGGAUUAUGAGUUCCGUGUUUCUCACUGGGCCGAAGGGACCCGCUCUCCUCCGCUCAUUCUCCAGACCCCCACGCCAAGUCACAGGUGCCCUAGCGGGGCCGUGCGCGCAGGUGCAAAAGCUGGUAGCUUUGAGAAGGGGAGGACUUUAUGGCCCCCGCCCUUGUCUCGUCUCCCCUCCCAUCCAGAGAGGGCUCCGCCUCCUUCUUUACCCCUAGGCUUUCUGAGAAGGGGAGGGGAGGAGACUAGAAAGCCUUCACUUCUGCUCUCUAAGUCCCAUCUCGGUCCUCCCCACCCACCCCACUCUCUAACUCAGUCGGUGCCUCCCUCCUCUAUACUCCCCCCCUUACCCCUGCACGCACCCCUCGCACUGUGAUUGGCUGGCACGGCUGGUCCAUGGCACGCGCCUGUGGAUGUAGUUAUAAGAAUCCUCGCGUGCCGGUCCUCAGCCCUAACAAGUCCCCGAUAGCCCUCCAGAGCGCACUGCACGGCUUGCGACGGCUGCAGCCUCUGAACCUGAGCGUCUGCUACAGUUUCCGAAGGCAGGGGUGGGGCGGGUGGGGUGGGAGCGGAGAAAGCAGUGCUCACCUACCUUCAGUGCACCAAGUCUCUGAGAAAGAAGGGAGGCGCAGUGUGGGGAGGUAGCACAAAGUAAGGAGGUGGGCGGGGGGGGCACGACAGCGAACCCGAAGCCCCGAGCAUGGACGCAGUGCUGCUGGAGCACUUCCCGGGGGGGCUGGACGCCUUCCCCUCGCCUUACUUCGACGAGGAGGACUUCUUUACGGAUCAGUCCUCCCGCGACCCCCUGGAGGACGGCGACGAGCUGCUGCCCGACGAGCAGGCGGAGGUGGACUUUUUCAGCCACCAGCUACACGAGUACUACUACCGGGACGGAACGCGAUUGCUCCUGCCUCCUGCCCAGUCUGCCCAGCACCCCUCCGCGGUCCCGCCGGGGGUCCCCGAGGAGACGGACGACGGAGGCGGCUUUUGCUGCGAGCCCGGGGCGCCCCCGGGUGGCGGCGUUUUCCCAGAGUCCCCCGGCCCCGCGUCUCCCGCUCCCUGCCUCGGCUAUUCGUGCUCGGGGAGCGCCGCCGUGCUUUCCCCCGGGGGGCGGCUGCGGGGACUGAGCAGUGCAGCCGCGGCGGCGGCGGCGGCGGCGGCAGCGGCGGCGCGGCGGCGGCGGCGAGUGCGCUCUGAAGCGGAGCUGCAGCAGUUGCGGCAGGCGGCCAAUGUGCGGGAGAGGCGGCGCAUGCAGUCCAUCAAUGACGCCUUCGAAGGGCUGCGCUCGCACAUCCCUACGCUGCCCUACGAAAAGCGGCUCUCCAAGGUGGACACCCUCCGCCUCGCCAUCGGCUACAUCAACUUCCUGAGCGAACUCGUCCAGUCUGACCUGCCCCUUCGGGGAGGAGGCGGAGGAGGCUACGUCAGAGCCGGGGCCGGCGGCGGCCUGGGAGGGGACGGUCUCGGGAGCCAGGCCAAGAAGGUCAUCAUCUGCCACCGGGGCACCCGGUCCCCAUCCCCCAGCGACCCAGAUUAUGGACUUCCGCCCCUGGCAGGGCAUUCUCUGUCGUGGACAGAUGAAAAACAACUCAAGGAGCAAAACAUUAUCCGAACAGCGAAAGUGUGGACUCCGGAAGACCCCAGGAAGCUAAACAACAAAUCCUCCCUCAAUAACAUAGAAAAUGAACCGCCCUUUGAUUUUGUGUCCUAAGGACACCAGCCUCCCUCCGAUCGUGCCUCUGUGCACGCUGGAGGUGUAACUAUCUCGUGUAAAUUUAAUUUAAGAGUCACAUUCUCCUAAUGGCAAUCAACAGUUUGUUAUUUAUCUAUUUAUUAUUCAUAACGGUUAAUGAAGUAGACUGUCUUUUUUAAUUCAUAAUUUAUAUAAUUUAUCCUGAUUUUUAAAAAUAUGCAAUAGUAUAAAAUCUUUACAGCACCUUUGACAGAACUCUACAAGACUGGAGAAAACUCUUGCCAGGACAAAUAAUUUAUUACCAGAUAUGGUUUAUUGUGUUGUUAAUAAAUGUGAUUUACACCCUUCUCUCCCCUACAUCUUUUACUUAUGAUCUGGAGGGCCAAGAUGACUUCUGGAAGAAGGAUCAAUCCACUUUGAGGAGUCAAACCAAGUCAGAGGGAGUAAAAACAUAUGAAUGUAAAUGUAUGCAUACAUUUAUAUUCUGCCUGGUAUAACCUUUUAGAAAGAAAUGGAAGAAAGAGAAGUCAAAACUAACCUUAUUUCUAUGAAGCACUUUAUUUUUUACAGUGUUUUACAUAGUCUCACAAAAAUCCUGUGCGUUAAGUAGGACAGGUUUGGGGCAUGUCUUUGGGCCUCAUUUCCUAUCUAUAAGAUGAUAUAGAGUGUACUAUGUUGGAGUUAUACUAAACAGCUAAAGUUCCUUCUUCCAACUUUACAUCCUGUGAUCCAAGGACUAGAGCUGGUGUACUGGAGCACCAGCAAGUUCUAGAGAUAGAGUCCAAGUCCGGGUUUAAAUCUUUACUCAGCUACUUAUUCCUUAUGUAACCUUGGGCCAGGUUUUUGACCUAUAUCAGUUUCAGCUCAUUCUGGGGCAGAGAUAUUAUGGUGGCUAGAGCACCAUUGUUGAUAUCAGGGAGAUAGAAUUUCAAAUUCUAAAUCAGACACUUAGGAGCUCUAUCAUCUUUGAUAAGUCACUUAACCCCUCUCACCAUACUUGUAGAAUGGAAGAGGUUACUUGAACCACUUCUAAAUCUAUGGUCCUGCCUAAGACAUGAA